UUUUCAUUUCGAUCGUGUACUGGAUGACGUCACAGCCCUCCGACUGUUACCGCUACGUCAUGUUCACCGCCACAUGCGUCCUGGUUUCCUUCGUAGCCCACUCUCUCGGCAUGCUCAUCGGAGCCAUCGCAUGCGUGCAGGUUGCGGUGUUCCUGGCUCCGGCAGUGGCCAUCCCGUUCAUGCUGUUCAGCGGCUUCGUGGUCACGCUCCGAGCCAUCCCCCACUACCUGCGCUGGUUCUCGUACGCGUCCUUCCUGCGCUACGCCUACGAAAGCAGCAUGCAGGCGCUGUACGGCUACGACCGCCCCGAGCUGGAGUGCCUCGAAGACGACGCGUCGUCGCCCUGCCUCUUCGUGGAACCGAACCUCUUCCUGGACUUCAUGGGCCUCCACGAGAUGAGCGUGGAAGUGUGCCUGGCAGCGUUGUUGGGCUUCGUCGUGGUCUUGCAGGGGGCCACGUAUCUCGCCCUGAGGCACAGGGGCAAGCGUGCCCUUUGAGCCGUCGUCGCACUGACAAUACAUCGUACGAAAGACAGUCCACGGACAAUGGCAUGGGCGUGUCCUUUUCUUGUAUGACUGUCAGAUUGGCCGCGCAAACUGUCUGCA